CCUGCGCCCUGCCCCGGUGGCGCUGUCAGUGGCCCAGGUGCAGGGGCGGGCGGUGGAUCACCGUGCGCUCUGCUCGGAGAAGAGAGGCUCGGUUUGAGCCGAGCGCUCUAUCCCCGGUGCAACGAUUGGUGACAAGGGGAGGAGGGAGCGUGCGCUGUAUCCCCAAGGCAGGGAGCCGGGGGAUUUGCGCCUGGCGGAAGGUCCUGCUUUGCUCUAGGGAGUGAGAGGGUCUCAGAGGUGCGCUCUGCUUCGGGGACAGGGCUGGGGAAGAGGACGCUGUGCGCUCUGCCCCGGCGGUAGGGUCUGUGCGCUCUGCGCCGGGGCUGGGGAUAGGAGUGGAAGAGGGAACGGAACCUUCUUCGGCAGCUUUAGCCUCUUGCCCUGGGCUUUGCUGGGGGCAGCACCCUUGCUCCCAUUCCUUCGGCAGGGCACCAAGCGUGACCGAGGUUUGGAGCGGUUCAGGGCUGGUCUUGGCUCUGAUGCGCCCUCUCUGCUCCCUUCCCACGCAGGGUCAGCUCGGGCAGCUGUGCCAGAGCGGGGCCGGCUCCUUGGCUGGACUGUGGAGCUCCUGGCUGUGCCCGAAGCCCUUCACCUUCUACCUUCAAGCUCAGGGAGGAGGUAGAUUUUCUUCAGCUUGGCUCCGCUGCCCCCCAGAGAUGGUGGGCCACCUGCACCUGCAAGGAAUGGAAGAGAGUCUGAAAGAGAAGAGCCGGGAGGGCCUGCUGGACAGUCCGGAUUCUGGGCUGCCUCCCAGCCCUAGCCCCCCUUUCUACACCCUGUCUCCCGGGAUCAUCGGGGGCAGCAGCACAGGGCCGGAUCACCCAGGACAUGGGCCCAGAAAGGAAGCCAAGGAAGGCAAAGUGAUCCCUUACCUUCUUGUGAACUCUUCUGUGCCAGAGACGAGGCCUCGAAUGUUCCCGGUGUUCUUUGGCGAAAGCAUUGAGGUCAACCCUGAACCUGUGCAGGAAAUUAGGUGCAACUCGGAAGUGAAAUAUGACUCAGAGAAACACUACAGGGAUGACAUCUUCUAUGGACCCAUCCCCACCAUAACCACCUACAGUGAGACGGUCAUUGCCACACCAAACUGCACCUGGAGGAACUACAAGUCACAGCUGAUCUUCGAGCCCAGACAGAAGCCCCUGCGGUUCCAGAGCACAACCAUCAUCUUUCCCAAAUGCACCAAGAACAUUUACCGAACCACUCUCACCUACAGCCUGGGCUGUGCCAAGCGCUGGUUCGCGUCCAGUGUGCAGCUGGAGCUAUGCGAAGAAACCAGCCCCUGCGUCAUCUACAGCGAGACUCUUUCAUCCGCCCAGAGGGGGCUCUGACGACCACAAGGCCGCGUCCUUCGCUAGCCUCUCCGGACAGACAGAUUUGACCAGGUGCCUUCAUUGAUGGCGACUGGCCCUUGACUACUAGCGGCUGGGCAUGCAUGGUCUUAGAUGCAUCUGAACUGCUCCAAGAGGAGGCCCAGAGGGGAUGUACUCUUUAUGGAUUUGGUCAGCGCAAGGCUGGCGUUUGUUGUGGGACAUUUUUGAUGUUCAUGCUCUGGAUUUUUUUUUUUUGACACAUAUCUAUUUUAAAUAGCAUUUCAAUGAAAUCAGAUAGCAAAGGCCCUAGGUUUGCAGUUACCAUAUGUUAUAGUGCUGCUUCCCAGCUCCAUGGGGCUUCUCUAGCAUGUAGGUGCGACUUAGCAGUGCCUUGGAAGCCAGUCCUAUCUGAUAGGAGAAGACCAGCUGCAGACUCACCAUCCAACCUGCACAGCUGCUAUCCGCCUGCUUCUCCUAGUAUUUAAACACAGAGAAGACAGUUGUUAUUUUUAAUUGCAUAAAACAUUGAUCCCACUCUGAAUCCCCAUCUGGAGGAUGGCUCCAGGAUUGCAUUGCAGCACCACAGUGACCUCCGAUUUAGCUUUUUUUUGUCAUCAAAACAGGGAAGACGGUCGAUCGUGCUGACAGGGCACCAGCCUUUCCAGAAUAGGCAAGUGCCAAACUCCCAUUUGACACCCUUCUUCGGAGCCAGAUGUUUACAAGCCAGAGUGUGCAAGGGGCUUUUAGGGGAGCCGAGAAUGGAAUGCUUAAGGGGACAUUUGCAUUCUGAGGAGGAUGCAAGCCAGGGAGAAUGGCAGAAAGCUUAGUUAAAAGGGAUAAAACACACAGAGAACAGAUCUAAUUCAGGAUUAACCUGAUUUUAUGCAAAGGCAGCUUACGACAAUCAGGUUAACUAGGUGUAGGAGAAUAUGCUUUCAAGGGCAGUUCCUCGAGGACCAAAAGCCUUUUCUGUUAUAUGAGAUGAUAAAGACCAUAGCAGGAGCAGAAUUUUAAACUCCGAGUUGAAGACUGUCAACAGGACAGAUGUUUCCAAAAUUCAGCAGAAUGAGGCCGUGGCUCAUCGCCAGCCUGCUGAGUCCGGUAAUAGUGCACAAUAAGUAAUAAUUCAUCCAAGGACAAUGAAAAGAACUGUCUAUUCCUACCCUCUGCUCCUCCCCCAAGCUAGUUAGUUCCCAUGCAGCUGUAAAAACACAGAGGUGGGUAGCCUUCAGAAGGUGCCAGCGGGCCAGCACCAGUAGCCAGUUUCAAACCUGGUUGAUCCCUCCCUGCCACCGACAAGCUCUCGGAGAUCUGGCACUGGGUCUGAUGGCGUCUGCAUGUCGCCUUGUGCCUGAGACAGACCCCUGCUAGCAGAGACUGGUUUGACACCCUUUUCCCACCUCUUCUUCACAAAGAAUGGAUUUAGCCCCCCGGUACUUUAUUUUUUUGUGAGGUGAAGCUGGAAGAGGGAAGUUGGUUGCUCUUCUUUAAAUGCUCACUUUCACUUGUAUCUAAACUACGAGGAAACUGUCCGCUCUAAGGCUUCAACUGGCAUCAGCAUUGAAAGAGAACGAGAAAAGAGAACAGUGCUCUGGCAGGCUCUGUUUUACUGCAGGACUCCAUAUGUGGCAUCGCUGUACUGAUCUGUUAACUGUUUUCAUUUCCCUCUGGGGAUAAACUGCAGCAAGACAAGCCCGGCUCUGGCUGGGAAAGGAAUUAGGGAAAUCAUGCCCAUAGUUAUGAAAAAAUGAACCCAUCCAGCAUCACCCACAAGGAUUAUUUGAUGUGCCUACAAGUGGGACUUUUGUGUUGAUUAGACUACAACAGGAACAAUGCUAAGCAACAGUGCAUCAGUAAAUGACAAUGCCUACGCAGAGGGGUAUGAAAGCAAUAGGAGAUCCCAAAGCUGUUACUGCUUUCUGAAUAUAGGCAAACAGAGCUGGAAUUGUCAAUGGAGACAAAAGGAGUUAGACACCUAACUCUCACUGGAUUUGUAUGGGAUUUGGACACCUACGGUAAAAUUCUGAACAGCACCUAAGUGAUUUAGGAGGCUGAGUUCCAUUUUCAAAGCAGACAGACUGAGAUCCGCAAAGGUAUUUAGAUACCUAAACUCCUAGGGGAAUUAUGCACGUAAAUAUAUUUGAAGAUCUGGGCCUUGGGCAAUUGAACUUUUAGUCUCAUUUAAAAUCAGUAGACCUUAGGUGUCUACGUGCCUAUGUCUCUUUGGCAAAUGGAACUUAGAUGCUCUUGAAAAUGUUACCUGUAACUCCUGCAGGCUUUUUAGCUAAACAGCUCUGAAAGUUAAUGUCUAUUUGGUUCCCCCCACCCCCUUUCUUAAGUGUUUUGUUUUGUAUUUGUCUUGCUGCAAUUCUGCUUCAGUUAUUUCAGUGUACACAUGACCAGCCAAGUUACAACACCUAAUAAUAAUAAGGAAUAAGUCAGACUUCUUGCCCAGAAAGUUUGCACUCACACGAACACCCACAGCUGUUAAAAAUGCCAUGAUAAACUAAAAACAAACAAACCCCUCCAGAUAUUUAAAAAAAACGGAUUUGAAAAGAUCAGGUUUCCUUCUAUGUAAGCGGGUGAAUGGACCUGCUAUUGGGAAUGUUCCUAGCUUUCGCUAGCCGAUUCCACUGGGGUAGUGUGUAAGGAUCGGAGUCCUUGCUCCCAUUCCCAUUCCCCUGCCUGACCUCAAGGGCUCCUCUUCAACUCUCCUGUGUGGCAAAGCCCUCGUAACCCCGAGAAGGCUGGAUCCAGGACUCCAGGGGGACUCGACCCCCUAUCUUGUGGUGGUCGCUUAGGACAGGGGAUAAGGUGGCCUCACUCCGGGGUGCUCUCUCCACUCUGGACCCUUUGCCCAGCCACUGAUCAUUGCAGAUGGUUCAAAACAAAUACAGUUUAUUAAACAGCAACCAGUUAAAACAUAAGGACAAAAUGGGAAAGGCCAAAGGAAGAGACGUCUCUGUGGGCACAGGGGGACCCCAGACAGCAUCUCUGGAAUGUCAGGGCAGUUCACAGCCUGCUCCUCACACGGCCCAGGCCCUGGCUGUGCUGCAGAGACGCUGCGGGUCGGACACUUGCUCUGGCGGUGGCCACACGGCCGCAGGCUCUAGGUGGCCGGGCUCUUCUUCCCAGCGUCGCCCCUCGUCGGGGUUACGAUCCCCUCCCUGCAAAGCCUCUUGGCCGGGGGCGUCUCCCUGCGCUGGGCCGCUGCCCCGAUCCCCCCCGCUCUCCCCUGCUGCUCACCGCACCCGGCUCCGGCUCCAGUCCCACUCUGCCUCCAGCGCAGCUCCCUGGGCUGCCCCUCCUCUGGUUCGCUCCGGCCGGCGCGGUCCUGCUCCCCGGCUCCGCUCCGCCUCCUGCUCUCCCCUUAGCUCAGCCCCGCGCUGGCCCAGGCAGCUCCCCUCACACGGAGGACGGGACUCCUGGCCUCUCCCAUUGCCCCCAGGGAGUGUCAGUCUCAUCGGCCCUUCCCCCUUCUAUUGGUACUGGGAGAUGGCCGGCCAAAAAACCCCACUGAGUUUCAGUACGGGGCCAACAGCCCCCUUACGUUCUGUUCCCAAAGCCACGGGGAAAGGCGAUUCAUUUGUGUCACCAGAACUCUUUCCUUUCUGAACCAGGGCCAUUCUUGGGGGGUGGGUUUGUUUUAAAGAAGCAUAUUUUUUAUUCAGACACUAACUUGGAGUCUUAAUGUAUCUCUGAAGUGUUGAUUGCAGUGACACCGCUAGCACUGAAAGCUGUGCACUUGCUCUGUCCAGCACAUUGACUUCAGGCAUAAAGGAGCAUAGUAUUUGCCCCAAACUAUCCAGCUUCAAAUGUGUGUGUGUGGGGGGGUGUCCUACCAUAACUCACUUAGGGUAUGUCUUCAUGGGACAGUUAACUCGGGUGAUUGGCAUCCAGGUCUGAGUUGUCUGCAAAGCCACACAAGAUACUGGGGCCUCGCAUUUUCCCAUGUGCGUCAGUAGACUUCAAGGGGCAUAGCCUAUGGUCCUUUGUGCAGUGGUCAACUGCACCACUCUGUAAUCCCUUCCCAGUGACUUGUGGGAGAACUUGUCUGUCCUUCCAGGUGCAUGGAGGGGAAUUUUAGGAUGGUGUGGAGGACUACUGGCACACAAGUGAUUUAGCCUGUGUCAUCACUGCAAAGUGGGUGGAUUACCAGCUCGAGCGAAAGCAGCCACUGAGUGCUAACCCAGCUCCACAGCACCACCAGACUCGGGUGGGGGGGAGGGUUGUGUUUGUGGACGGGAUGGGUGUUAGAGCCAAUGUCUGAGCAAGAGCCCAAAUUACCUCUGCAGUGAAGACAGACCUUAGGCUGUUCAGGGCUCUCUCUCCAAAGAGUGGACAGAGUGGUAAAUUGAGGCUCCAGUCUCCAUGAGCUGAAGGGGAACCCUAAGGUCCUUGAACCUGUAUUCCUGCUCUCGGAUUGGAACUUAAUCCCCCCCACACACUCUAAAAUUAGAAGAGCCCAUCCCAAGGUUGCACAUUUUUGGACAAUCUGGACCUGAUUUCCCCUUGAUUAGUCCUUUAGACUGCCAACAGGGUGACUUACAAGCCGCAGUUCAGUCUUACCUGUUAAAUUCCCUGCUCUUGUUGGUCGCAAGGGGCAGGCCAGAGUCAGAAGGCAAACUAAAUGGCAGUCCCUUGCCAGGCUGGCUCCGCAUUGACGUAGUCUUGUCUUCAGGAAUCCCGCCGACUAUUUGUUGUGCCCUUGCCACAGUGACGCCUGUAGCUGAGCCAAGGCAGCAGGUCACUUGUGCUGCUCUCCCUCAUCGCAGCAUGCUGGGCAGACACCACUUCGCUGCCUAGGGAGCCUGUUCUUCCUGCUUUUGUUUUAUGAAUGCCAACUGCUGCAAAAAAUCUGGUUGGCAAAUGAAAUCCAGGGGCAGACACCUGACUCGCUGUCCGUCCUUUGGCCCCAUUCCCCUGAUACUCUCUGCUUAAGUCAAAGCUUCCUCGGCAGCCUGUGACUGGCUCUUGGGAGGCUGCCCAAGGUGAGAGUAAAGGUACAAAGCACCUUUCCCACCCCCACUGUGCAGAGUCCCAGUCCUUGUGCCCCCAGGACAUAUGCUCCCCCAAAGGGGGCAGAGAGCACUGCAGGCUGGCUAAUUGCAGAGGUGAAUACACACUGCACUGUCUUAAUGGGUGGGUCAGUGUGAGCUGUGUUCUCCUGGUGUUCCCGCUAGGGUGGUGUGACUCUGCACUAUGCCUGCCACUGCCCAGAAGGCACAACCCAGCCCUUACUCACCAUAUCUUUUCCACCCCUUGCCCUCUCAGAACAGCUCCACUCCAAGCUGAGGCGAGCUCCCACCAGGCAUAAGCAUGGUCACUGUGCGAAGGUUCUGCUGGCUCCCAGCAGUCGCCAGGGGCAGACGUAAAACACGUUGGUUUGGAGUGCGAUUGUCUUUGUACUUCCAAACGAAUCCACCCCCAGUUCUGGGCUUUGCUUGCUGUGCAGACACUUAAAUGCGGUUUCAGACUAGAAAACAUACUUGAAAGAAACGUCCAAUUGUGCCAUUCUCGGCUCUGGGGGAGCAAAAGGGGUUUUUUUUGGCUUGUUUUGCCUUAAAAAGAAAAAAAAUAGAGUCACAGAUGUGGUUUCUUAAGAGGCAAACGGUCGAAAAAGCAGCAGUCGCUCAAAUCCUGAACAUGGCUCAGCUUCAGUGGCUGCAGAACAGUUUGCACUGAUCAGGCCUCUGGAGAGCUGCAAGGUAUUUCGCUUGUUAGGAGACCAAAAAAGCACAGGAGGUUAUUGAAUGUCCUAGAGAGCAAUGAAAUCAGUGUCACUGGGUGCCAGCAGGACUGAAAGGGAAAACAUACAAUCGGACCUGUAUCAUUAGAGCUGAGAUGUCCUGAAUAAUAAUCUUACAGAGGAACAUGAAUGGAUCUAAACCAGGGACUUGGAACUAUAAUACAGCAUAAUACAAUAUAGUUGUAGGGUUUUUCAAAUACCUUCUAACAUUUUCUGAGCGAUCUGGACUGGGAUUAUGUCUGUGCAAAUCUAUAAUAGAUCGGGCCCUGUAGUCUAUAACAGCUCCAAUUGCCAUCAUUUAUCUGUCCUUGUUUUCGGUCAGGGAUGCCCAAAAUACAAUUUGUGGGGUAACUUGGUUCAUUCCCGAUGCAGCCCAGCACUGCAGUACAAAUACCCAGCCAGGUAAUUCAGUAUACUAAUGACCCUAGCUAGCCAUUUGUAUGUGCAGUUACAUGCAAUCACAGCGAUUAGUCUCCUAGAUGAAGUGCAUGAUUGCACAGGUAGCUGGUUUGAAAAGCUGGUUAGUCGCUGGAGGUUUACAAUCAGCUGACAAGCAAUGGGGCGAAGAAUCAGCGGAAUAAGGUGUGCAAUGCAUUGGCAAGAGGAAACACUUCUGCAGAUGGAACCCACUGGCUCACGCUAAGCAGGGAUUAUACCCAACAGGUCUGAUCUCCCCUUGUUCCCCCAGCUGGGACAAGGUUCUGGGGGCUCCCUGCAGGACUGGGCCCUUACAGCACCAGGCUUUUAUUUAACUUGUCUGAGGGCUCUAGCCAACUCCCCGUGAAAUCAGCCAAAAGACUCCUACUGAGCUCGGUGGCAGUCAUAUCAGACCCUGUUGCAGCCACAUUUAUUGUUUGCUAGUUUAAUGCUCUCUCUCAAAGCAACGUCAUCAAUUACAGCCUAGAUUUCCUUGACAUCGCCUCUCAUUCAGUGUGGUCUUGUACCCAUGUCAGUUUCCUGUAACGUAGUUGCAACAAGAUGGGUCAGUUUUCUUUUGUUUUAACUCUGUCCCUUUGGGAAUUCAUACACAAAUACAUCCCAGAUACUAGGAGAACCUUCGCUGACUUCACUGGGCUUUUGGUUUGAUGCUGUAUCACUGCGUGAAUCACCCAUGUGCUUGUGAUAGUCAGAAGCAGCCAUGUCUUGCCUUCUUCCUACACAAUGCUUUUUACCCACUCACUAGCCAUAUCCCUGUGGCCCAUCUACAUGCUGCCAAUAGUCAGAAGUGCUGCAAACAAAGCUCCUUUUUUGGUUUGGAGAACAAUAAUAGUUACAUCUCACUUGAACGCCAUAAAUUGGACUCUAGGUUUGCUAUGUCAAUAAGAAAGGGCUGAUUUUUUUCCAAUUAAUUUCUGCCAGCAGCAAAUAAAUGCCUUAUUUGUAGCGUUUUGUGCAUUUAAAGGGGCUGUUUAGUUUUACAGAGCUCUCUCUUUUUUUAAGGGAUAUAAUUAAUUUUAAACAACAGUUCUUUAUACAUUUAUUUUUCCAGAGUUACAGGCUGUUAAUCUACAAUGAGUAAAUAUAGCUUUGAAAAGGUGUAUUUCCUGAGCAGUUACUUACCAAUGUCACCCAAGCUCUUGAGCUUUUAUGACCUGGUUGUUUUCCAUCAUGCCAUGAGCUCAAUGGAUAGAGUUGGUCAAGAUCUUUCUUUUAAUACUUUCCUAAUCGCAGUGAAAAUUUGCUUUUUUUAAAAAACCAGAAACUUCUGCAAAAAACUCCUUUUUUUUUCAAAAUGUUCUGCUUAGCCAUUCCAACCAGAAAUUUGGAAAUGUCAGUAUUUUUUACCUUUUGAGGUGGUUGUUUCUCUAUACCAUUUUGUCACAGAAUGUAAUAGAAUCAAUUAUGCCCAGAGUUUCUUUGUUCUUUGUUUUUCAUAAUUCCUUUGUAACAUUUUGAAAGAGAGUGAGAGAAAGAAAGACAGACAGACAGACAGACUCUGGGCAUCACUUAUUUUAUUGCAUUCAGUGACAAAAAGAGAAACCCUCCCAAAACAAAAUACUGACAUUUCUACAUCUUUCAGUUCAAGAUUUUGACAUUUUCCAAAACAAAAUUUGCAAAAAGAAAAUUUAAAAAAUUCAGAACACAAAUUACUUUGGAAGUUGUUUUGAAAGGGUUAUUCCUUUCUUUGACCAGCUCAACACAGAAGCUCUCCUCAAGGUGAAAUAGACACGGAUUCAUGUCCAAGGCCCAUGAUUUCCAAACUUGUGAAAAAAGGGAUAGUUUUUGACAGCAGCAUUUCAGUGAGCAGCCAUGGCAGGCAUGUGUAUGUUACUUAUUAUUUAUGUUGACUGUAUCUUGCCAAAAAAAUUUAUAUAUAUAAAAAAUUAGAAAAGGUAGCUAAAGAAUGAGUCAGCAAAAAUCUAUGUAAAGUGAACUGAAGACUAGAGGGUAUGGGAAUGUGAUAUAAAUGUUACUGAGUCUGUAUGUGAACAUCACAAAGUAGGAUAUUUUACUAUUUUCAUCUUUCUGGACAUUCUACCUGUAGUGACACAGACACAUUUUCCUUGCUUGAGGCUGAGGAACCAAAACAAAAAAUAAAUAAAUCCCUCCUGACUUGCAUCCAUUCAGGCUGAUUGAAAACAGUGAAGCCCCCAGAUCCUGCACCUAACGCAGUUCAGUGCUGUGGCAUGCCCUUGUGGAGCUGGGUACACAGUGCGGCUUUCAAGGCAAUAGAAGCCUGUGGAAAGGCUCACGUUGAUUUCAAUAGGUUUUGGAUCAGGCCGUAGGCGACUGUGGGUGGGAUCUUCAAAUGCUCCCAGUGUCGACCUAACUCUGCUCCCACUGAAGUCAACGAGAGCUAGACUGCAAUGGUGUCCUUGGGAGCAACAUUAGGGCCAGUGCUGAUCACGUCUAAAAAGCCCACGCUGCUAACAGAGGAACAAUUUUAUUUUAAAAGUGUAGGGAUACCCUUUCCUGUCUAGCCAAUAUGUCCAUCGUCCAAACCAGCUAAUGUAUUCUCUCAUGGGAAUCCUGAACUGCAGGUGGGAUUGAAAGAUGUUUGAUGGUUAGAGAAGUGGCUCAUGCUCUUGGAUGUGUUGUAUUUCUGUUUUUGUAAUUCUAAUAAUCUAAGUGCUUGUAAAGUACUUUACUGUUGUAUAUGUGGCGAUCUGGUACUUUGUGAUACCCUUUUAUUUUUGUAUUUUUUUUUCUCUCCACAAUAAUCACUUCCUGGUCAACUCAUAGAAAAUAAUUUAAGAAAAUAAAAUGUAUAUAUCUUAAUAAA